GUGGACUUGGUUAAUUAAUUGUCUGUUGUCUCCCUUCUCCCGCGACUUUCUCUUUUUGAUUACUUUUUUUUCUCGCUUCCCAAACACUGAGAAUCCUUUUAAAUUUUUUUUUUCUCGCUGAGUCUAUUAAAUUGCGAGAAAGCAAUAGAAACCAAAGCCGCGAUGAAAAGGAAUCAAUAUCCCAACGAGAUCAUGAAACGAUCCUCUUCUUCAAAUUCCGAGACAAUGACUCACUACGAGUCACCACACUCACCUUUACGACUCCAUACCCAUUUCCGAUCCGACCAGGGCGAUUCGGACAACAACACCUCCAAUUAUGCUUCCCCUGAAGCUUCCCCCGUUCCGCAGCACCCCGCCGUCGAUAAUUCGAUGGCACUCGUCGCUAUCGACAAGUCAACUCAGUUCAACGCUAAUUCUUCUCCUACUUCUCUUCCUUCUCCGCCGCUUCCUCCUAGUACUCCAGCGCAACAGUCAUUGCAUUUGAGUAUGAACCGCGCCGUGAGGGAGGAGGGGCCGGGGGUGACGACGAAGACCGAAGUAAGUGGUGGUGCUGGAGGAGGAGGGGGAGCGAGAGCAGAGGUGCUGAGGAGAUCGAAGGUGUAUCAUACGGCGACGAUGGCGGCUUUAGGGUUUCGAUUAAGCGAAAUCGUUUUGUGCUUGAUUUCUUUCUCUGUUAUGGCUGCUGAUAAAACCCAAGGCUGGAGUGGUGACUCUUAUGAUCGCUAUAAAGAAUACAGAUACUGUUUAGCAGUAAACGUGAUUGGAUUUGUAUAUGCCGGAUUUCAAGCCUAUGAUGUAUCUUAUUAUCUCAUGACAGAAACGCAUGUCAUCCACCAUUACCUUUUCCCGCCUUUCGAGUUCUUCAUGGAUCAGAUACUAGCCUAUCUUUUGAUUUCAGCAUCAUCAGCAGCAGCCACACGAGUGGACGAUUGGCAAUCUAAUUGGGGGAAAGAUGAGUUCACUGAGAUGGCUAGUGCCUCAAUUGCAAUGGCCUUUUUGGCUUUCAUUGCUUUUGCAUUUAGCUCAAUUAUAUCUGGUUUCAAACUCUGGACCCAUCCAACUCCAUGAAAUCUCUCUGAGAGCAAACAAGCAAGUUCUCAGUUGCAGCAGAUAAAGUAAAUGAGACGACAGUUAGAAAGGCUGGGGCAUGGGUGGCAUUACUGGUGGAGGUGGUGUGAAGGCCCUCCAUUGCUCAAAAUGUCCAUUAACGAAGUCGUAAUAACCUCCUCUCAGUGCCAAAUGUCCACUCGUCAUAGCAUCUCUCACAUAUGGAUAUGUCAGUAGAUUUCCCAGUGAGUUAUUCACUGAUUCCUGCAUAUAUAUAUAUAUAUAUAUCAAGUUGAUUGAUUUUCAACCUUUAAUUCGGUAAAAUUACUAUAUAGUCCCCUAUACUAAGAGUCAAAUUACAUUUUACUCCUACCCAACAAAUGAGUAAAUUAGUCUUUGUAUGUUAGAUCAAAAAGUAAAUAUCAAAAGUAUCAUUGAGGCUCCUAUACUAUGAGCCAAAUUGCAUUUGGUUCCCUCAUGUAUAUAUCAAAUAGCAAAUUGAUCUAUUUUGUUAAAAUUUUUAUCAAUUUGUACUAUUAAAAA